ACCAAGGUGGCCAGUAAAGUUCUCUCUGAGGAGCCAAAAAGCAGACAGCUCAUGACUUCUGAUCAGGACACUAAAGUUGUGGCUGAACCGCAGGUGCAGCAAGUACAAGAAGUUAAAGACAGUUCUCAUCUAGAGUCAACCAAGGUUUCUGAGUUAAAUCCUAAUGCAAAGGUAUGGGGGAAUCAUAUGUUACAUUUGGAAGCUAGUGGUGCCACUGAUGGUAGUGUGAACAAAACCUGGGAAGAAAUACCUGACCAUCCUCCAGAUUCCUGCAAAGAAGGACUGGAUGCCAAUGGUGAUGGUGACAAAAAGCAGCAAAAUGCAGUGUUAACAGAACUGCAAGAGCCAACGCUAACAGUUCCAGGGUCGGACCAAAGAGAGAUGAACCCUUUGGCUCUAGAUAAUUCAGAGUAUGAAUCGAUACGUGAAACCACCCAGACAGGAGGAAAUGACCAAUUGCAGCCAGAAGGUCAGGAAGACCUACGAGAAGUGCUUAAAAAAACACUGGAAUUCUGCUUAUCUAGAGAGAAUCUUGCCAGUGACAUGUACCUUAUAUCACAGAUGGACAGUGAUCAGUAUGUGCCAAUAAUGACAGUAGCAAACCUUGAUCAUGUCAAGAAACUCAGUACUGAUAUGGAUUUGAUUGUGGAAGUGCUGAGAUCAUUGCCUUUAGUCCAAGUGGAUGAGAAGGGAGAGAAAGUCAGGCCAAAUCAGAAUCGUUGCAUUGUGAUUUUACGUGAAGUACCUGAAUCUACACCCAUUGAAAUAUUUGACAGCUUUUUUUACAAAUGUCAAUUUUAUAAGGCUUACAGAUACCUUAGAGAAGAAGUGAAAACUUUCCAAGGAAAACCAAUUAAGGCAAGGAUAAAAGCAAAGGCAAUAGCUAUAAAUACGUUUCUGCCAAAGAAUGGAUAUAGACCUCUGGACAUGAACCUCUACACGCAACAGCGUUAUACAGCAUCCUUUUAUUUACCUCCAGUAUACAGUCCCCAACAACAGUUUCCCCUGUACAGCUUAAUUGCCCCACAGACCUGGUCUACUACACACAGCUAUCUUGAUCCAACAUUGGUAACACCAUUUCCCAAUGCUGGAUUUAUCAAUGGGUUUACAUCACCAGCCUUCAAGCCCCCUGCUUCUCCAUUGACUUCACUCAGACAGUAUCCUCCCAGAAGCAGGAAUCCUAGCAAAUCACAUCUACGGCACACCAUACCCAGUGCAGAAAGAGGACCUGGGCUUCUAGACAGUCCUACAAUAUUCAACUUUUCUGCUGAUCGUUUAAUUAAUGGUGUCAGGAGUCCACAGACAAGGCAGCCAGGGCAAAACAGGACACGGAUGCAAAAUACUACUACAAAUUAUACCAAGAGGGAUAUAGGAACUGGACGAAUGGAACAGACUAAUAUUGACUCUUCCCCUGGCUUAGGAAGAGGAAGGAAAAAUUCAUAUGGCUAUCGAAAGAAAAGGGAGGACAAGUUUACAAGAGGUCAAACGCAGUCUCCACCACCUCCAAAGCCUCCAUCUCCUAGUUUUGAAUUGGGAUUAUCCAGCUUCCCUCCAUUACCUGGGGCUGCAGGCAAUAUGAAGACUGAAGACUUGUUUGAAAACAGACUGUCCAGUGUCAUAAUGGGAACGUCAAAGGAAAGAAACCUAAAUGUGGAUGCAAGUACAAACACUAUUCCAUCAGGAAUUCCUCGAGAGCCAUUGUUGCCAGCAUCUCCUGCUCUGUCUGGGACAUUUGAAAGGUCUCCUUCCCCAUCCCAGUCUCCUGAUGACUCCAAGGUUGUCGAUAAGCAGCAGAGAGAGACACAAAGUAUGGAAAGACUUUCUUCCACGCUCAGUACUGCAUGUAAAUCAGUACAAGUCAAUGGGACUGCCAUAGAACUACGAAAACCUAGUUAUGCAGAGAUUUGCCAGAGAACUACUAAGGAUCCACCUACGUUGCAGCCCCAGAAAGAACAAAAGCCAAACACUGUAGCUUGUGGGAAAGAUGAAAGAAAACCCACAGAAACAAUAGAGAAAAACAGAGAACCUCCUCCCACAAAGUCAAAUCCAGGACAGCCCAAAGACCAGAGGAGACAGUCAGGGCGCAGAUCGCCCCCUCCAGCCAUUGGGAAACGUUUAAAUAAAGAACAGAACACCCCCCCAAAGUCUCCUUAGUGAAACUAAUGCUUGGGAGGGGGUUGAAAAGAGUUCUGCUUCCCACAAAUUAAAACCCAUGUUCCCACUCAGAGUACAGAGAAUGAGUUGCUGGUUAGGGAGCUUGCAGUGCUGCUAGGCAUAUAGAAUGCCUGCAAGCUUUUUCUUCUAUGAAAUAAUUUUUUUACCCUCUUGAGCAAACAUUCUACUUUUCCAGGAUUUAAUUGAUCUAAACCUUAUGUUUAGGUUGGUGCUUAACUGGAGGUGAUGCUAAGUCUGAUUAUUUUCAAGAUAGAAAAUGUUACCUUAAAAACAAUUUUUUUAUCAAGCCUCCUUGUGGCAAUGUGAAUACAAGCUCAAUAUAAUGAGUAUUCCUGAACUAUUAAACAGAACUGUGCUGCUGCAAUUUUUUAAUAAACUGGUCUGCAAGUAACUAUAUCUCUAAAAUGUCCAAAAGACUGAUAAUGGCAGCUAGCGUAGAGCAUGAAAAAACGUGUAUUGUACAAAAUAGUAUGAAUAUGACCUUAAGGAUUUUUUUUAUUGGGCUGCUGUUCCAAAUAUCAGUUAAUAAACUUGCACUUUUAGGUUAAACUAAUAGUUAAUUAUAGCAUUUUUUAAAAAACUAAUCCUUUUUGAUGUCUUCUGCAAAAAAAGUAAGUCCUCCAGAGAGCACCAGUAGAGAUUUUUCUAAAAUAUUUGUGUUUGGAUGUAUUGCAAGCAAGUAACCAGCUUCUCACUCCAGAAUAAAAUGAAUACUUUAAUUUCCAAAUACAAAGCACAUUGUGAAUAGAAAAAAAUUGUGAGGUUGUGAGCUUGUAUAGUGGUGAAGCCUGCUAAUGGCUGUUAUCACAAGAAAGCACAGUAGUGUUCUUGUGAUGAUCUAAACUUCCCCCUCACCAGGAUGGAGUUAACUAGUCAUUACUGUAGUUUCUAGUUUAUCCCUGAGCUCAGUGUAGACUUUUUUUUAACUUGGCCCCAAGUGCUCUUUGAAAGAGUUCAUAUCUUAGUCAGCCUAGUGUUGACGUCUUCCUGUAACUACAAGCAUUGGCAUGUGGAUUUAAAUUUUUCAAACCUUGAGAUAAUGGUAUUUGUUUUUUUGUGGUGGAGGAAGAGAUCCCUGCUAUUUGCCUCUGUGAUGAGGUUUCUCACACUUAUAUUUACUUUAGAAGUGAUGCGCUUUCUGAAGGAUAAGGAUGCACUAAAUUAGCAAGCUUCUAAUAAAGUUGAAUAUAAAUUAUUUUUGUUUUAAAAUGCCUAAAAAUUUUCUUUAAGUGUUUAAAUAGCAGGCAGGUCAGAUAAACCUCUUUCCUGCUGAGUAUAACAGUACAGUUUAUUCCACAAAAAUGUUUGUUUAAACAACUGAUUUUUUUAAAGAAUUAUUUCCAUCCAAUAUUUAAAGACUUGAAUUUUAUUUAAACUUGAAAAUGACUUUGCCUUAACUUUUGUAUAAGACAGCUUAGAGUUAAUGAAGUCUGACCCCCUUAAGGGUUAGCAUGAGUUAAUUACAGAAUUACUCAGUUACAGUAUGUAUCAAUUGUCACUGGUCUUACUGGGUAAACAUACUGUAGUACAGGAACUAGCAGCAGUUUUUGUAAUAUACCUUAAAGAUCUUAAGCAGUUGAUCUUUUUCAGAUUGUUGAAAAAUCUGUAAAUGCAAAUAGUCAAUACUGUAUUAAAUAUGUGCACUUGGAAGUGUGUGCUUUGCUUGUACAGUUGUAAAUAAUCAGAACAUAUAAAAAGGUACCUAAAGAAAAAAAAACUGAUAAAAAUUAUUGAUAUAUUAUAAAUGUUGCUGUUGAGCUGGAUGUAGAUAAACUAAAUGUUGUGGUUUGAAUAUUACUUUAAUUUGUUGUUUUUUGUUUCUUUUAUUUUAUUCUGGUGUGCUGAACUGACUCUGCCUCUUCACUGCAAAAGGGAAAUGGAAAGAAGGUCUUAUUUCAAAGCCCUCAAAUGUUUUCAUAAUAGUCUCUCUCAGUGUGCAUUUCAACCAACAGGUAUUCCGUAACAUCCUGUAAAUAGUAAACCCUGGCAGUCUAGCAGUUCAACUGAAAUUUUAAAAAUCCCAGUAACAAAAUCAAAUUCAUUGGGAUAAUAGUUCAAAUCGCCAGGAAAAAAGCACCCUGGAGCUGGUUUGACCGCCUCUUCCAGGGGAAGUAUCCAUGCUUACCUAGAUGGACAAUAAGCUUGAAUAUGGCUGUGUAGUUU